AUGCAAACCUCAUCAACGCCCACGACGCAUGUCGAACGACGCGCAGCACGACGACACUGUCUUCUGCGUCGUCGUUGUCGCUCGCGGUUCCGACAGCGUCGAGCUCCUCACGUGAGCGCGUACAUGCCGCGACUCGCUCAUCCCAAGGCACGUAUGUGCACCCGGCCAUGUCCAUCCUGCAGACGCUCGCCCAACAGAACCGGCAGGUGCGUGAGCAUACCACACAUUCGAUGCAUAUCCCUCUCUUUCAACCGCACGCGCUCUGUACUAUGGCGCACACGUGAGGGUCGUACAGAACGAGUGCACCCCGGUGUUCGCAAAUGGGCCAUCGUUCGUGUCGGAUGA